UUAAAAUGAAAUCGAUCGAUGAGCGAAAGGAGGAAAUCGAAAAUAAUAUCAGCUAUAACUUUCCCAUGACAGCCAGUGUCAUGCAACAGUUAAUACAGGAUAUUAAGGCAAUCCCAGAAGAGUUGGUCACAGUACCUGAGAAAGCAUAUCGGCCUGAUAACUUUAAUCUAGAGGUAGUUGAUGUACUUCAAAAGCAUUCUGAGCAACUCCAGCUUGAUCCAGGUUAUAUCAACAAGUUGAAGCAUAAGUUCAGCCAGUGAGAUCAGAGUGAGCCUGAGCCAACACCACAAAAAUCUUUUAACACAGAACAAGAUCACAAGGAGAGCGGAACCUGGAACAUUAAUUGAGAUGGAAGUAUACAUUCUGAAAAUAUUCAGGUCGACUCUAUAAAGAUCGAGGAAGAACUUAAGAGACUUAGAUAUAUUAGCAAAAACAUGAAAGUUAAGGAAAAAGCUAGAGAGAUUGAUAUAGCCCAUCUAGAUCAUGUACUCAAACAAUUCGAAUUUGAUGACAUCCACAUAGACGAUGCUAGAAGUCAAGGAGACACCUCUGUUGAUAAUGAUUUCUGGGAGGACUUUAAUCUUGAAAAUGAUGCUAACUUCGGGAAUAUUCCUAAAAUUAAUGUAAAUCGCAGCCGCAGCCAGAUGUCUCAUAUCUCAAACAGUAAGAGGAAGUCAUCAACUCAGCAGAAUUCUCAGAGAUCUAACAGAGUUGAUUUGAAAACCCUAGUGAAAGCUAAGGAGCAAAGCUUGAGGAGGCCUAUAAUAACCUCUGGACUCACAAGGCAUGAGUAUCUGACUCAUCUGAGCACUAUCAGGCUCUCUCACAACAUCAUUUUCAAAAAUUAUAGAAUGUCAGUAAUGUCCAAGGCUGGAGAACUCAUUGACAAAAAGCUAGUUGCCAUGAAAAAGGCCACAGAGGAAGAAGUUCAAAGAAUUUAUGAUAGAAUGAAUGAUAUCAUCACUAAAUAUCGUUUCAGUGAAACUAAAGAGCAAGAGCAGACACCUGAAAAGAAUGAACUUAACGAAGCUAGGGAGAUCAACAGGAAGCUUAAGAAAUUUCUAGGUUUCAGAUUCGUCAAUGAAAGGCAAAAGGAAGACCCCAAUUUUUCAGAAGACCUUGAAAAAUACACUCAAAGGUUCCUCAAAUCUAACUCUAAGAGGGUCUUUGAAGAGUUUUACUGUAAUUUAUUCAGAUUAGAGCAACAACAACCUGAUGAGGAAUUGGUCAAACUCAGAAGAGAGAAUUUACAUAAAGAAGACAUCAUACAGCACCUCCAAGCAGACAAUUAUUCUUUGCAGAGGACACUCGAGAUGUACAGCCAGGAUAUUGAGAAAUAUGAAAAAGUUAUUGAAUCCCUCCAUGAGAAGAUUCAAGAACUAGAAAUCAGAAACCAACAUAAAGAUCUCAAGGAAGAAAUUCAAAAACUCGAAGGCCAUGUAGAAGACACCCACAUAGACUAUAAAGACAAAAUACAGCAAAUUCAAAAGAUGGCUGAGACUGAGAUGAAGGUCCGUAAUGAGAUUAUCAGACAACAGAUUGAAAAGUCAAAAUAAGCUAUAUGAUGAACUAAAACAAGUCAAGGUUAUUCUAAAAAGCCCUAUGCUAUACUACAAAUACAGAGAUAAAACAUUUGAAGAGAUAUCUAAAUACAACCAUGAUGCUAGCUACCUUGAUACUGACUUCUUUGGCUUGCUCAAAGGGAAACCUCUUGUUUGUCGGAAGAAAGUAACCAGGAUUAACACAAGCAAAUCAAAUAGGAACUCUGGCAGGCACACCAAAGCAGCUUCGGUUUCCAAGUGUUUCUCUAUCAACUCUCAAUGAGAUACUAGUAUUGUUGGGAAAGAUAUUGUCCAGUCUCCAAAGGAGAACAUACUAGCCACGAAUGAUGUAGCUAAAGGUAUCAGACCAACUUCUGCUUAUCCAGCUCCCCAUUUUGGCAAAAGAAGGGCACAAGAGUUAAUCAAGAACGAUCUUGCUAUCGGAGAAAAUGAGAACUCGCUAAACUAUCAUCUUCUUAGCAAUUCUGAGAUGCCUUGGUAUACCACAAAGCAUAAGAGAGAUAAGACUAUGAGCACCAAUCUCUCCUCGAUCGAGCCAGUCAGAGUUGUAGAAAUGAGCAGACAUAACGAGAGUGGAAUCCCAUUCCCAAUCAGAUCCACUACAAACAAAGGAGAAAUAAAAGAAGAGAACUUAAGUCAGUCUAAGUCAAAUGGAAUCAGUGAUGAGUCUUUCCUUCAGCUGGAUAAAAAGAUACCAGGGAUCCAUUGUGAUAGCCCAACUGGCUCCCUUGCUGGGGUUGGAAGGAAUCAGUUCUACAAACAUACAGAUCUUGGAGCAUUGAAAGGGCUUAAUUCUGAUUUAUUUUCAAACAACGCGAGGAAGAAUCUAAGCAAGACUACCACAGUAGCUGAAGGAAAAAACAAUAGAUACAACAGAAUCCGAUUUAGCAUGAAUCCUACUACCAAAAGCAGAUCAAGGAGGAAAUAA